CAGAAAUGUAAAGGGAUCAAGCCCAGAACUAGUUCUGCCUCAAUCCAUCAGAACCUGGGUUAUCAAAUGGCAAUCAAAACAUCCUGGGAUUUGUAGAAGACAACAAUAAUAAAGUCAAGUGUGUCAUCGUUAACUGGCCCCGGCUGACUGUAACCACUCCGUCAACACAAAGGAUAACCGUAUGCAUGUAAUGAUGUCGAAAAAUGACAGUGUAGAAUCGGUUGGUAAUCGUGACAGCGAAGAUGAGGUGCAGUUUGUUUCUGACAGUGUUUCGAGACCAGUGUUGGAAUGCAUUGAUUUGCUCAGUGAUGAAGACGAGGCGGGUACAUCUGUUCAGACAAGCAGUAAAGUGAGACCGAAAGACCACAUUGACAGGCAGAAGGAAAGAGUUACUUCUACGCUGGAUCGACUGGCCCGCCAUGUUGCUGUUGAGAAACAGGAGAGAGAAGAGAAAAACAAAGCCUUUAGGGAGAAGAUGGACUCUCAGCAUGCCCAUGGUUUGCAGGAACUUGAAUUUAUCCAAGGACAUUCUCAUAAAGAAGAGGCCAAAAGAUGUGUUGAUCACUGGUUGAAAAUGCCAGGCCUUCGACCAGGCUCUAUAAACUCUGGAUUCAGAGGUUCUUUGAGAUGUGGAACCUUGCCGAAUAUGAAGCCAGUUAUGUGCCCUGUAAUGAACUGCAAUCGAAUGUUUGAUAAUGGGCCUCUUCUAGUUGGCCAUCUGAAAAGAUUUGACCAUUCUCCCUGUGAUCCCACUAUUGCACUCAAGGGCGCUCCAUCAAUUUCCUUUGCAUGUGUUGCUUGCUGCAGGCGAUACCCAUCUGAGGAUCAAUACAAUGUCCAUAGGAAUACUAAGAUCAAAUCUGUGGAUGCAGAUGGGCAUUCCAGCACUCAGCAUUGUCAGGAAGUUCAGUGUUUUGCUUGUCCCUUUUGCUACCUUCUUUUCAACGUAAGGGAUGAAUGUUUGCAGCACAUGUCUGCAAAGAAUCACUUUCAGCAAUCUAUUAAACUAAGCGCAACAGAAAAUACUCCAGCUCCUAUUCCUAUUCCAGCAUAUGCCAAGAAGCUUCUGAUCUCCUUAUGCAAAGAUGUUCCCUUCCAGAUUAAGUGUACAUCUUGUAAGCAGGUGUUGAACUCGCACAUGGAGGUGACGGCACAUUUUAGAACUAGAUGCCGAAAUGCUGGCCCAAUAGCUGUCUCUCGCAAAAGUGUUGUCCAGGUUGCUAUGGUAUUCAGAGUAAAGGGGCAUUGCUUAGGCUGCUCCAGACUCUUCAUGGGUGAAAGUGAGAUGAAAAGCCAUGAACAUCUAACUCAGCAUAAAGUUGAGGUUGUAUCUUCCAUGGAGAAGGCUGUCUUACUAUUCUGUGAUUUCUACGAAAGAAGCAAAAAUCCCUCUGACCUUCGCUUGGUGUUGAAUAUCUCCAGACCAAAAUCGUCUCUGCUUAAGAGACACCUGAAGCAAGAACCUGAGAGUAAUGGUUCAGGGGCCUCCGGUGCAAAACGCAUUGGAUCCAGUGAAGGCAAUAGCCAAGAAACAAUCUCCCCUGGGUCCAGAUCUGUGGUGUCAGCCUGGUUCUGUGAGUGCAACCAGCAUUACAGUACAGAGGUGGCGGUUGAGAAGCACAUUAUUGCAGUUAACCAGAUAUUCUACAAAUGCGCAGUUUGUGGAAAGCAGGCUGGGGAUCCGGCUGUCAUUGGUUUACACAUGAGCCGAUUUCAUGGUGGGGCACACCUGAACAACUUCCUGUUCUGGUGCCGAAGUUGCAGGACUGAAAUGCCUAGAAAAGAGGAUAUCAUGUCCCAUGUGAUGGACUUCCACAGUGGCCAUGGUUUUUACUAUGAGAAAGAGGUUCUCGAGGAAGUGCCUUCUCCCUCCACAUCUAAAUCCUCAACUACCUUUUCAGAACAAAGCGGUAGCACAGGACAAACUCCAACACCAAGUCCAGCAAUCUCAGACCCUGCACCCAGCGGCAAAUGGCUGUGCAGGAUCUGUGAGGAGCUCUUUGUUUCCAAACAAGCUGUAUACAAUCACUGCAAAGAUACAAACAGCCAUAGGUUCCAAAAGUAUGUCUGCGGCCACUGUAAACAGCGUUUCCUGAAAGUGGAAACCCUCUAUCGUCACUUUCAGGAUGAGCAUGAGGGUGAGAUUGAUGUUAAGUACUUCUGUGGGCUUUGUGAUGGCCUGCAAUAUGACACUGAAGAAGAGUUCCUAAACCACUACCAGUCAUAUCACAGCAAGGAUUAUGUAUUUGUGGCAGAACGAAAUGCAUCUCCCCUCCAAAACCAAGGAGCUACAGACCCUGAAACCAAAAUGUCCUGUGGAUGUAAGGUGUCCCAUUCUAACAAGUCAGAAAAGCAUAUCGCUCACCAAAAAUGCAUGGAAAACCUGAUUCAACAGAGCAAGCUGUGGUUCCGAUGUAGCUUGUGUAUAGCAACAACACAAAAUCUGGAAGCCAUGCAAAAACAUACGGAAAAGAUUCAUGGGGUCACAAAAAACAAAAGUUGUUUUUCAGUUUGCUGUGGUUCAUGCAGUAAGAAGUCAUCUGAUCUUAUUGGUGGCCACAAUCAUUAUCAUUCAAAGCACUGCGUUCCCCAGUCUGGAUGUACUGUGAGCCCUGAAAGCAAAACCACCUCUUCUGGUGUUCCUGCCAGUCCUAUGCCUGAAGAACAGCAGCCAAGUUCCACACCAGUCAAGUCGUCCAAAUCUGGUAUCCUGCCAGGAUUGAAAGAAAAUGAGAAGUGUGAGAAACCUGCCCAGGAAGAGUCCAGACAUGAGCUUCCAGACAUGGACUAUCUCAUGACCACGACCCACAUUGUGUUUGUUGACCUAGACAACUGGCCAAGUUUUUUCAGUCUUCUGCCAGGAUACUUAAACCAGGGCAUAUUUGUUUGGGGAUUUAAAGGUGGGAAGAACAUUUGGAGAACACCAGACAAAUGCAAAGUCUACAAUUAUCUUGUGAACACUGGAUGUUUCUUCCUUCAUCCACGAUGUAGAAAUAGAAAAGAUACAGAUGAUUUUUCCAUCAGCAUGCAUGCUGGACGACUUGAUGAGCAGCUGCCCAAGCAUAUUCAAUUUACCAUUCUUUCUGGAGAGAAGGGUUUUCAUGAGUUUGAGCUGCAGUUUCUUAAAACCAUGCGGACCACACAUAUCCUUAACCCUCACCAGCGAGAAGGGGAUAUGAUGUGUGCGCUGCUAAACAGCAUUACAGACAUUGGCAAAGAUAGUGACGACGACAUGACUACAGUGAAACUGAGUUUAAAGGAGAACAACAAUAAAGGACAGGAUGCAGAAAUAAAAGAAGCCAUCGUGAAAGAAGCUUCCAGGAAAUAAUCCUUGUAAUAUAAAUAUAUGUAUAAUGUGUCCAUAUUUAUGUAUUGCAGAACCCUUUAAAUUACACUAGUUUAGUUUGAAUACCUUUAUUUUUCCUUUACACGUUCAUACAGAAUGUAUUUUACAUGUUUGACAAUAUAUAUGUGGCUAUAAAGCAAGUUGAGUAUGUGUUAUUACAACUGUAUGUUGGAAUGCCUCAUCAGGUUAAAGAUUGUGAAAUAAAGUAUUACAUUUUUA